AUGGCUGCUCCUCAAAGUCCCUAUGAGCAUGCCUUUGGUGUUACAAACAUCAAGUCUCACAUCCGGCUCAUACUAUACCUCGACGACCACAACUACGACGCCUGGAGAGAGCUUUUCCUCACUCAUUGCCUAACGUUUGAUGUCCUUGGGCACAUCGACGGGACCCUACGUCCAACUAAUGCAAACGAUGCUGCUUGGUACAAGCAUGAUGGCUUGGUCAAACUCUGGAUCUACGGUACUCUAGCACCAGAUUUAUUUCGUUCUUCUUUCAAAACUGGUAGGACAUCUCGUGAUGUUUGGAUACGUGUUGAAAAUCAAUUUCGCAACAACAAGGAGGUCAGGGCAAUUCAGCUGGACAACGAGCUUCGCACCAUGGUCAUUGGCGAUCGUUCAAUUCAGGAGUAUUGUCAGAAAAUCAAAUCCCUUGUCGAUCUACUCACCAAUGUCGAGGCUCCGGUCAAUGAACGUCACUUGGUCAUGUACAUGCUGAAUGGUCUCAAUGAAAAGUUUGAUUACAUAAUCAAUGUAAUCAAACACAAGGACCCGUUCCCUACCUUUGAAAUAGCGAAAUCAAUGCUGGAACUUGAGGAAUCACGUCUAAAAAAAACCAAUGUCUCAUCUCCACGCAUACUGAUCAUUCGUCCUCAACAACGGCUCUCACCAUCACAGCCCCACCUUCGGAACCUCGUCCUUCAUCUCCAGUAA